GAGGGGAAGAAGAAGAAGGCAGAAGACAAAUAUAACUGAAGAAAUCCCAGCCAGCUUGGACCCCCACCAAGGCCCUGAUCCUGACUUCCAGAUGUUCCAGCUGUGACCUCCACUCCCCGGAGAGACCAUCUGAAGACCCUCCAAAUCCAAAAGAAGAGCAGAAAUGAGAAUUGGUCCCUGCCCAGUUCAGACAAGCAGAAGGAGGAGACCAGAAGAGAGGAAUACCAUCUGUCCCAUCCUCCUACCUGUCCUGGCCUUUCUCUUCCUGCCAUUGGGGAGCACCCUGCAACCUACUCCAUUACCUUUUCCAGAGGUGAGGCUGGUGGGGGGACCUAGCCGCUGCCAGGGCCGACUGGAGAUCCUGUACAAUGGCUCCUGGGGGGCCGUAUGCGACGAUGACUGGGACGUGGUAGAUGCCAAUGUAGUCUGCCGCCAGCUGGGCUGCGGGUAUGCCCUGCCCGUGCCCUUGCCCCUUGCCUUUGGCCAGGGCCGGGGCCCCAUCCACCUGGACAACGUGGACUGCAAGGGACAGGAGGCGGCCUUGAGUGAGUGUGGUAGCCACGGCUGGGGUGUCCACAACUGCUACCACUACGAGGAUGUGGCUGUCAUGUGCGAUGAUCUCUUACCUACACUGGCCAGGAAAGUGUUAACAAGCAGAGCCCCCACCACCAUCACCCUGAAGAAUGGAAUAGGUGAUGGCAGCAUCCGCCUGGUGAGAGGAGCCAACCCCUGUCAAGGCCGAGUAGAGAUCCUGCAUGGUGGUACAUGGGGUACUGUGUGUGAUGAUGACUGGGGGCUCCCAGAUGCCACUGUGGUCUGCCGCCAACUGGACUGCGGCAGUGCUGUGGCUUCUAAGACCAAUGCCUACUUUGGGUAUGGCACCGGCCACAUCUUGCUAGACAAUGUCCACUGUGAUGGCCGAGAGCUACGCCUGGCAGCAUGUCCCAGCCUGGGAUGGGGCAUCCACAACUGUGGGCACCAUGAAGAUGCUGGUGUCAUCUGCUCAGGACGCAGUGUGCCCACAGUUAUGUCCUCACCAUCCCUAAUCACCCAUGAUGGCAAAGUCAGGCUCACUGAACCAGCCACAGUAACAGAAGCUGCUGCUGAGCCCACCAGGGAAGCAACUGUUCUAACCAGAGCCCCAGGAAGGAAAAGUGGCCGCCUCCGCCUGGUGAGCGGGAAUGGCUCCUGCCAGGGUCGAGUGGAGGUUCUCCAUGAAAACCGCUGGGGCACGGUGUGUGAUGACGACUGGGACUUUGCCGAUGCCCAGGUGGCAUGCCGGGAGGCAGGCUGCGGGCGAGCCGUGGGGGCCACUGUUCUGGCCUACUUCGGCUAUGGGAAGGGGCCCGUCUUGUUGGAUAACGUGGACUGCACGGGCAUGGAGACCCAUCUGGCCGACUGCUUCCACUUGGGCUGGGGCCAGCACAACUGCGGACACCAUGAAGACGCUGGUGCCAUCUGUAGGGAGCCAGGGACAGAGGAGCCAGGCCAACAGGUCUGGCAGGAUGUUCCUGAGACUACAACCAAGGUGGUAGCCAGCGCACCUCCCAGGGAUGGCCAUCUCCGCCUGGCAAACGGCAGCCACCGGUGUGAGGGUCGGGUGGAGCUAUACCUUCUGCGUCAGUGGGGCACCAUUUGCGAUGACGCCUGGGACUUGCGGGCUGCGGGUGUAGUGUGUCGCCAGCUGGGCUGUGGGGAGGCCCUGGCAGCCCCUGGAGAGGCUCGGUACGGCCCAGGCCGGGGCCUCAUCCUCUUGGACAAUGUCAAAUGUCGGGGCAGUGAGGCCUCCCUGCUUCGCUGCUCUCACAUUCGCUGGGAUGCACACAACUGUGACCACGCCGAGGAUGCUGGCGCCCAGUGCCAGCCACGGUGAUCCUUCUCACCCCUGCCCUCUGACUCUCCUCCCAUCAGCCCCUGUGACCCUGGGUGUGAGAGCAAGGCUCCCCCAGCUCUCUGGCACCUCUCCAUGGGGAAGGGCCCUCACUGAUGCUGGGAGUCCCCUCCUGUGGAAUGGGGAUGGGGACCCACAUGCAUCCAGACAGCACCACCUGGGAAAAAUUACCCUGGGUUAGCACUUUCAUCCCUUCUCCAUCACAAACUCAUUUAACAUCUCUGGGCCUGAGUUUCCCCAUGUGUAUCAUAGGGGAGGAAACAUCCCCACCCUUCCCUAAAUUAUUGAAGGGUCCUGGUGGGGCUACAAUGAACUCAAAGUCAAGAUGCCUACAGAAAUGAGAGAGAUGCCUUGGAUCAGCAAUGCUUCACCCUACCUGGGAUCACUGGGGCACACGGCAUGGCCAGAUUCCCCCACCCCUUCCCAGGUCUGAGAGCCAAAGACCACCAGGGAUCCUGACCAUCACUGGGGGAAGGAGUGAGCUCCUUGGAGGGGGGGGGUGGGGGCUUCCAACUGGACCUCACAGCCUCAACUUAGACACCUUUAGGUGCAUCUUGGGGAAAGACACUCCCACCUCAGGACUCUGCUUGUCUUUCUCUGAGAAGGGGCAGGCUAGACAUACUCGUCCUCCCCACUUCCUGCCCAGGUCUUUGCCCUCCUCCCCACCCCAGAAAGGGCCCUUACAAAUGGUGCUUGGAGUAUGGUGGAUGUGGAGCACAGUGCCUUCGUUUGCAGGACAAGGGUAUCAAAGGCAGCGAUCAUCGCUGCAUAUCCCUCCCUGUAUCUGCCUCAAAGACUCCCUCAUUAGGUAGAGGACUGGAAAAUCCUCUUGGCCCCAAGAGGAAGGGGAAACUCAGGAGCAGGGGCAUGAGAUCUCCAUCCCUUGGCAUCCUUUCCUCCAACAGGGCACAGCACCCACCUCCCCACUGGGCAAGUCAGUAGUCAGGGGGCCCUGAGCCUCCACACCAGGUAGGGAAUCUGUGUAGUCACCAAGUUAUAGUUGCCAAGUAA